AUGGCGACCGAAUACCAGCAACCUGCUUUCACGGCGUCCGCAGAUGUCCAACCGCAUACCGAUCCCAGUGGUGUUCAAGGCAUUGGCCAGGGUCCUCAGAUUGUCAGCACCUCGGGUUCGCUGGAUGUUGUACUCGGGCCGCUGCUGAACUAUAGGCGCACCAGCAAUCAGCAGGCGGGACAGCCUAUAUGGCAUGGCAGUGUGCUGGUUGUGACCAAGCCGGGGCAGCAGGAUGCAAACGGAGUACAUCCGAGCCCGCAGCUUACGCUGUCACCCGCUGGUCCUGUAGACAGGUCGCUCGGCGAUGUGCGGUUCAGCGUUGCAGAGAGGGUGUUUCACGGCCAAAAGUUGUAUGAAGACUCCAAGAAGGCGUUUUGGCGCUUUCUCAUCGACGCGCCCAUGCAGCCGUUUGAGUCGAGGUGGAACUACGACAUCCAGAGCCUCAAAUAUGUGGAUGGCAGAAAGGAGGAGAAGCCCACGAGAUUUGUGAUUCCCUCCAUCUCUCAGUCCAUGCGCAUCAUGUUCCACUCUUGCAAUGGGUUUAGUGUUGGAACCGACUUGGACGUUUGGCAGGGACCUGUGCUUUGGCAUGAUGUCCUGCGCAUGCACGACCAGCGACCUUUCCACGUCAUGAUUGGUGGUGGUGACCAGAUCUACAAUGACGGAGUACGAGUAGAUGGUCCACUGAAGCCCUGGACCGACAUCUCCAAUCCCCACAAGCGACGCGAAUUCCCCUUUGACAGGCAGAUGCGUGACGAGUGCGACGAGUACUACUACAACAACUAUGUCCGGUGGUACGGCACGGCCCCCUUUUCCACUGCCAACAGCCAGAUUCCUCAGGUGAACAUCUGGGACGACCACGACAUUAUUGAUGGAUUUGGUUCCUACACCGAUCACUUUAUGAACUGCUCUGUUUUCCGCGGUAUUGGAGGAGUCGCUCACAAGUACUAUCUUUUGUUCCAGCACCAUCUUGCUCCGCCACCGAGUACCUAUACCACGGAUGCUCCCCAGACGACGGCCGUACAUGCUCAAGGAGAGAAGACGACGCCUGUAGAUCAUGCCCAGGUCCAGGAUACGUUUGUAAUGACCAACGAUGAAGGCGACCCAUCAUACAUUAUUGGCUCCAAGCCCGGUCCCUAUGUCGAGGAACGAAGCCGCAACAUUUACUGCCAGCUAGGUGCACGAAUUGCCUUUGCUGGUAUUGAUGCCCGAACAGAGCGUACAAGGCACCAGGUUAACUACCCGGAGACGUACAAGCUGCUGUUUGAUCGUUUAGAUGCAGAGUUUACUGCCAACCCAGAGCUCAAGCACAUGAUCUUGCUGCUCGGUGUUCCCAUCGCGUAUCCCCGUUUGAUUUGGCUUGAGAACAUUUUGCAGUCGCCUCUGAUUGCGCCUAUCAAGUUUUUGAACAAGCGCUUCGGCUUUGCUGGCGGUUUCUUCAACCAGUUUGACGGCAAGGUUGAUUUGCUUGACGAUCUCGACGACCAUUACACGGCCCGCCAGCACAAGGAGGAGCGCAGGCAGCUCAUGCACAAGUUGCAGGCCUUUUCCCAAAAGUUCUCUGCCCGAGUCACCAUUCUCGGAGGAGAUGUUCAUCUCGGAGCCAUUGGUCGCUUCUACUCCAACGCCAAACAAGGACUUCGUGCCGAGGAGGACUGGCGCUACAUGCCCAACAUCAUCAGUUCCGCCAUCACCAACAAGCCCCCACCGCAAGCCGUAGCCAACCUUCUCGCUAAACGCAACAAGAUCCACCACCUCGACAAGGAAACCGACGAGACCCUCCUCGAAAUCUUCGACCGCGACCCGGCCCUCCCCGACGGCGUCGUCGCAAACGGUACAAACGGCACAAACGGCACCACCGACUCCAACGGCACCAAACCUGAAUCCAAAACCUCCGACUCAAACCACGCCACAAUGCCCUCCCGCAACUACGCCAUCAUCUGCGAAUCCAGCAUCCCGCCCGCUGCCACCUUAUCCGCGCCCGGCCCCCAACCCGGCGCCGCACCCUCCGUGCACACAAACGGCGACGCAAAAUCUACCAUGAGUGAAGCCCCCGGCGCAAAAGAUAACAUGCGCCACCCCUUCCAUCUUGGUGAGCAUGGAGCAGGAACGCAACAUCCAGCGGCAAAUGGUGUCCAGUCGUCUGGUUUGUGCGGGCCGUAUGGACUCGAUGUUACGCUUAGGGUGGAGAUUAGUAAUAAGGAUAGAGAGGGACGGACGGAUGGGUAUGGGUUUACGAUUCCUGGGCUGGUGGUUAGUGAGGCUAUGAAGACGAAGGGGAGGCAUUGGUAG